ACUCUCUUCCUAGCGCUCCGUGCGGUUACGCACCGAAGGAGUCCCCAUGGAUCACCAUUCUACUCACUAGCUCACGGACGCCAGCCUCUAAAGCGGAUUCAUUGGUUUGGAUAGUACUGUUUGGAGCUUUCGUUUCGAAGUGUUGAAAAGGGAGAAUUGUAUGCUUGCGCCAAGAGUUGGAUUUUCUCAAUUCAGAGGUUCCGGUCGUUUACAUCCGAGGAGUGGAGUUCAGGGUAGCGGAGGGGACAUUAUAUAGGGAAAGAGUUUGCGGCGUCGCCACCAGAGAGUGAGGUAGAGUGGGGUGUUUCGUGGCAAGACUGAGGUGGAGGAACUGUGUAAAGUGUGCAAUGAGGAAAGACAGUUUUGAAACUAUCAGCACUGAGAGCAGGGGUCUGGACUCCCUCCCUUCUACUUUUUAAGAAGGAAGAUCUGUGUCCAUUGUAAGUGUCGUCGCGAGGAGCAUGUUGUGACGGCCAUGCCUCUGGAGAUGGAGAAGACGGUCACCAAGCUGAUGUACGACUUCCAGAGGAACUCCACCUCUGACGAUGACUCCGGCUGUGCCCUGGAGGAGUACGCCUGGGUGCCUCCCGGACUGAAACCUGAACAGGUGCAUCAGUACUACAGCUCCCUGCCUGAGGACAAGGUGCCCUAUGUGAACAGUCCAGGAGAGAAGCACCGCAUCAAGCAGCUGCUCCACCAGCUGCCCCCCCACGACAAUGAGGUGCGUUACUGUAACACUCUGGAUGAUGAGGAGAAGAGGGAGCUCAAGCUCUUCAGUAACCAGCGCAAACGUGAGAAUCUGGGCCGGGGCAACGUGAGACCCUUCCCUGUGACGAUGACUGGAGCCAUCUGUGAACAGUGUGGAGGACAGAUCGACGGCGGGGACAUUGCGGUGUUUGCGUCGCGGGCGGGUCACGGUGUGUGCUGGCACCCUGGCUGCUUCGUGUGCAGCAUGUGUGACGAGCUCCUGGUGGAUCUCAUCUACUUCUACCAGGAGGGCAAGAUCUACUGUGGCAGACACCACGCAGAGAGGCUCAAACCUCGCUGUACGGCCUGCGACGAGAUCAUAUUUGCGGAUGAGUGCACCGAGGCAGAAGGACGCCACUGGCACAUGAAGCACUUCUGCUGUUUCGAGUGUGAGACGGUCUUGGGCGGCCAGCGCUACAUCAUGAAGGAGGGCCGGCCCUACUGCUGCUCCUGCUUCGAGUCCCUCUACGCCGAGUACUGCGACUCCUGUGGCGAGCACAUCGGCAUUGACCAGGGUCAGAUGACGUAUGACGGCCAGCACUGGCAUGCCACCGAGGGCUGCUUCUGCUGCGCCCGCUGUAAGCGCUCUCUACUGGGGCGGCCCUUCCUGCCCAAGCAGGGCCAGAUCUUCUGCUCGCGCUCCUGCAGCCUGGGGGAGGAGCCCAACGGGUCGGACUCCUCCGACUCCGCCUUCCAGAGCGCCCGCUCAACCAGGGAGUCCCGUCGGAGUUGGAAGGCUGGGAAGGCAGGAGGAGGACGUGGCAGGUUCUCUGGAGAGGUGGAUCCUCUCUCCCUGCAGAUGGACCUGCUCAGUCUGUCCAGCCAGACGCCCAGCCUGACCCGCGAGCCUUCCUCCUGGCAGAACCAGGUACAGGGGGGGGAGGGCUACCCCUACGAGGGGCGACCAGACACCACCGCCAACCCCACCCCGCUCCAGCUGCUCAGCCAAUGUAACAUCAGGACUGCAUAUAACUCCGCCUCCUCCGGCCAGGGCAGCCAACAAGACCACAGGGCCAAGGAGAGAGGCAUCACCAAGAGACCACCUAUCUCCGCCCUGAAGGGCCAGUCUCUGAACGAGAACUGGUUUCACCAAGGUCCAGAGGACUAUUACCAGGCCAAGCUGAAGCCCCAGCAGAGCUUCAAUGAGGCUCCCCACAGCGCACAGCAGCAUAACGGCUUCUCCGACAAGCGCUCCAUUAGUCUGCACGGGUUCCAGAGGGAGAGGGAGGUGGUGCCUUCGCAGUUGGGGCGGAGCAGGAACCCGAUCAAUGCACUUAGCUUCACGGAGCAGCUCACCCCUCUGGAGCAGACACCCCGAGGCUCCAUGGAGUCCCUGGCCCUGUCCAACGCCACAGGAAACUCUGCAGAUGGAGGAGGCCGACGGCAGGAGCACCUCUCUCGUUUCUCCAUGCCCGACCUGAGCAAAGACUCUGGCAUGAACGUGUCGGAGAAGAGCAACAUGGGCACGCUCAACUCCUCCGUCCAUUUCCGCAGCUCCGAGUCACUGCGUAGUCUGACCUCCGGCCAGCCCUACCUGGAGAUGGAGCCCCCUAUGCCCCCCCAGUACCCCCUGCAGUACUGCGAGUCCCCUGGCAGGGGCGUGGGCCAUCUGCCCCCGGGCUUCACCUACCAGGAGGAGGACCGCGUCAGUCUGGUGAGCAGCGCCAACGCCGCCCGCCUCCCGCCCAUCAGCGAGCGGACACGCAGACGAGGAGGAGGGGGUGUGGCCACGGACAUGGACGCCCCCGAGGACACGCCCCAGCGCCGACGACAUCACCACCACCACCGCUCCCGGAGGUCCAGACGCUCCCGCUCGGAGAACGCCCUCCAUCUGGCGGCGGAGCGCAGGGAGAGACCCCAGGAGAGACCCCAGCUGCGUUUCCGCGAGGACUACGACCAGUUCCCCCCUCCCAGGGGCUCCAGGGAGCCGUUUGGGGGCGGAGGGAGGCGGUACCAGCCCCAGCAGUUCAGGCCGUGCCCUCGCACAACCUCCGACCUCACCCUGCAGAACCCGGUGGCCAACCGGCGCCUGGGGCCCUACUCCUGGGACGACUACAACGACGAGGACGAGUGGUGCUCCACCUGCUCAUCCUCCUCAGAGUCGGAGGACGAGGGCUACUUCCUGGGUGAGCCCAUCCCCAGGCCGGUGCAGCUGCGCUACCUAAGCAGCCAGGAGCUCAUCCACAAGUACGCCUCCACCGGAGUGGGGGGGCCUCACCAGCUCAGUGGCCGAGGGGGGCAGCUCCACACCCGCAAACGCAGGAAAAGCAAAAACUGCAUUAUUUCUUAACACCGGCCCCUUCUGCCUGAAUGUUGACCAGUUAACACCCGGGUACACACUAAAGGUGUGUUUUCAGAACCGGACACCGGCCAUCUCUAGGAAGUUGUUGAGUGUUUAGUGUUGUGCGGUUAACCGUGUGUGAUGAUGCAGUUGGGUAAACAGUUGGCGGCGCAAAAGUUUCGCAUGUUUAUCCUCUUAAUAUUUCUGAUGUGUGUUCAUGCUAUUUCUCGGACUCUCACACAUGUGCUUUUUAAUAAACCAUCAUGUUAUUCCCAGCAGUUAUGAUAAUGCCAUUUCCAUUCAGCUACAGUCAGUAAGGUACAGACAGUCUAGUUAUGGUCCAGCUUUUUUCAUGCAAUGUGAUUUGAAGAGACAGUAAAUCAGUUUAUGAUGUGUACAUAGGUAAGUGAAUAUAUAAAUUCUCUUAAGUUAAGUUAUGUAAAUAGUAUUGUAAAUGAGGUCCCACAUAUUUUUAUAUUUUGUAUGGAUAGAAUCAUUUAUGUAUUAAAUAUCUAUAAUGUAGAAAUAGACAAAUGCAUGCAUGCUUAUUUGAUGAUCUGGUUCUGCGUUGGAAUAAAGGAGUAUAUGUGA